AUAUGUGUAUUUUAUUUACAGAAAUAAAUAAAAAACUAUCAGGCCAUGGAUUAUGAUGAAGAUUUGCUUGUUAAUCCUUUUUAUAAAGCAUUGACUACCAAAGGAAAAGAGUUAUACCAGCAUGCAACAGACAACAGGUGGACGGUAUGUAUCCCAAGGAAAGGAACGACAUCUCGUUCACAAUAUAAGAAAGAACAAUUUGAAACACAUCUCCUUCAACUGUUAAAUGAAACAAAUAAUACAUACCAAACAGUAAAUGAAAAGGAGGUCAAAAUUAAUGGGUCAUUCAUUGUUACAACAAAGGGAUUUGAAGAUGUUAAAUCUAUUCAAAUACUAUUUGAAGAGACAUUUUUUAACAGAAACGAAGAAAGUUAUCAUGUUUUAUGCAUAGAUCAACCUCUUGGCGGUGGAGCAUUUUCGUCCCAUGCACAGCCUGUUGUUCAGAGUUUGGAGACUUUACAAAACUGUAUUGAUUUUCUGUGGUCUGGUACAGGCACAAAGCGAUCACAGCGACAUAUUAAUGAAAUAAUUAGUUUGUUUAACUCAACAUACACAAGACUGGCAUCAGAAUCUGUUCGUCAUACAAUGGACGCUGUUAAUGCUGUGUUUACAAGAGCUAUACAAGCAUGCUUAAAAGAAUCUCAUUUGAGAAGACCUGCAAUGUCUAAUAAAGCAUUUAUGGAUAACUUAAAAGUAGCUGUUGAGACCUAUGUUACGGAUGGUGUAUUCAAACAUGUUUUCAAAGGGAUAAGCUCGUUUUUAACAGAAGAAGAUGCUGCUUUCAACAAAACUACACGGAACUUAGCUGAUUUACAAGUAAAAGAUUUGGGAAUUAACACACAAUUAUGCAAAAACAUACCUAAAGCAAAGAAGAUUCUCUCUAACCUAAACAAGUUCACUACACCAUUGGAAAAGCUCUACGUUUUAAAAUUUACUAUUGCUUCUAUGUCAGAAGCAUCGAGACUGAGAAAAGAAGAUGAUUUGGUGACUGCUGAUGACCUGUUACCUGCACUUGUUUUUCUCGUUGUAAAGUCUGAAAUUCCAAACUGGUUGGCAAAUCUCUCAUACAUGCAGAACUUUCAUUUCUCCAGAAGUAAAAGCGAUGAAUUUCAAUUUUACUUAUCAUCAACAGAAGCGGCCAUUGAGCAUGUUAGAUCUGGUCGUUUAGACAGCUUGAUUACGAUGAACCACAUGCAGAGACAGAAUGUUGUAAAUAGUCUUUUUCAAAGACUGGAUUCAACUAAUGAAAAAAAUUGCGGGCCUUCAGCUGUGGAUAUUUUAUUUGAAAAUAUCCGAUCAAAUAAACUGGUGGAAGUUACGAAGAUGUUAAAUGAUAGUAUCACAGCUAUGAAAGAAGCAACAGAGCUGAUGUGCCAUCCGUUAUGUUCUUGUGAUGCUUGUGAAAAGCUCCUCACGAGUAAACGCAAGGAUCCAACUGCAGUCACAGUCUUUUCACGAGAUGACAUUGGAUGCACUGCUCUUCACCAGGCUGCUGAAUUUGGUUGUGAGGCUAUUAUUUACGAGCUGAUAAAGAAAGGUGGUGUGGUUAAUGCAACCAAUUAUCAUGGGAGUACGCCACUGCAUCUUGCAUGCCAAAGAGGCCAUCACAAAGUCACUGUUAUUUUAACUCAUUAUGGUGCAGAUAUAAAUGCUUGUGAUAAUGCUAACAAUACACCACUACAUCUCGCUGUGGCAAAUGGUCAUGAAAUGUGCGUAGAGUAUCUCUGUUCUGGUACAAUGGUAAACAACGAUCAACAAAAACUUGAUAUAGAUGCUGCAAACGAACAUGGCGACUCUGCUUUGCACAUUGCCAGUCGAUGGGGAUUCAGCAAGUUGGUGUUUCUGCUAUUGAAAAAUGGUGCAUCGAAUGACAUCAAGAAUAAAAACAAAAACACUCCGUUGCAGUGUGCCUUAAAUAUAAAGAUUCAAGAAAUAUUUUUGCAAGAUACCCAGGAUGAACAAAAAGAAGAUGGUUACAUCUAUCUACCUUUUUCCAAUCAAUCGGCAAUGCAGCAACCAACCACAACCGAUGGUGAUAUGUCACGUGACUCGCCGAAGACAUCGAGAAGAAAACGCGAUUUUGCGACUCUUCUAAAAGCAGUGGCGGCUGGAGACAUUGAAUUGGUUGAGCAGAAACUUGGAUUACCAAACGAAAGUGAUGCGGUUGCAGAUGAUCCUGACGUCGGACGUAUAGAAGACAUGUUAUGUCAUCCACUUUGUCAAUGCGAAAAGUGUGCAUUGCUUCAAAAGAAAGUUGUAAACGAAUCCAUUUCAAUAAACGCCAAUAUGAGCAACCAAGAUGGAGUGUGUGCUCUCCAUGUCGCUUCACUGCAUGGUUAUGAAAAGAUAGUGAAUCUGUUGUUUAAGAGAGCGGGUGCAGAUCCCAACGUGAAAACAAAAACAAAUCAUCGUACGCCGUUACAUUUGGCUUGUCAAUACAAUAACAUCGAGUGUGUUUCAUUUCUGUUGAAAAACGGUGCAAAGGUUAAUAUAAAAGAUUCUGGUGGAAACACAGCCUUACAUUUUUGCUGCACAAAUGGUCAUAUCGGACCAGCCAUCUUGCUUCUACAGAGCGGAGCUAAUGUGAACAGUGUAAAUCAAAGAGGUAACACUCCCCUUCAUGAUUCAUCCAGAUGGAAUUUCGUUGACUUGUCUCGCUUACUCCUGUAUUACAACGCGUCGACUGAUGUGAAAAACAAAAUGCGGAUGACGCCUUUGCAAUACGCUAGGGGAGAAGAAGUUCAAUCUUUAUUGGAAACAGCAAUUCUAAAGAAAAAGAAAGAUACCGAUCUGGAAAGUAACGUAAACAAAAGAGUCUCAAGACUUUCGUUUAACGACGACAGCAACGAAGAGAUCUUAUUUAAUCCGUCUACACAACUCACAACAAGUAAUACCAUUAUGAACUCGUGUAAAAAUGACACAAAAGGAGGGACACCAUAUGACCAUUCCUUUGUUAGGCAAUCUUUAGCAGACACAAACAGUAAAAAUACUGAUAGUUCUACUAGUUGCUCCAACUGUGCAACUUCAAAAUACGGAAAUAAAUCUGACGUACAAAAAGUCUGUCGGCCGACUGUGGCCGACCUCUUUGAUGCAUUUGAAGAACAAAAUUUGAGGCGUCUGAACGAGAUAGCUAAUGGAAUCCGAAAUUUUGAUAGGGAUAAAAGCUUGCGAAAAGUUUCUACAACAGACAAAAGUUUUUCUUAUCUUGAUCAGCACUACAAAACAAUGGUGUCUAUUCAACGGUUUAACCAAUCGAUUCUUAAACAUGUUGACAUUAUUCAAUUGGAGAAAAUUAAAGACAAGUCCGUCACGUCAAAACCAAAUGAGACAUUAUAUUUACCUCCUGACAGUACUAGUGUCAGUAGCCAUUCCUCAAAUAGAACUGAAAAUUCUAAUAUACAUGACGGACAAUCCGACAAAAGUGUCGCGUCUGAACUUGAGUCGCCCAUGAUCGGUUCUGACGAAUUAUCAUAUGAUUUUCCAACUUCUGAUCUACCAGAAGGUGACUUAGAUUUUUCAAACUAUCAAACUUUAACACCUCAUGAAUUAGAGGAAAGCCUUGUGUCGGAAAAAGAACAAAGUUUUGAAGACUGGUUUGAGACGGAGAUAGCUACUGAUUCAGCGGAUGAAGAAACCGAAGAAGCUGUCCAUGUUGUUGUUGAUCUGGAGACUCCACACGAAACGCUAAGCACUCCGCAGGCUGAGCAUAUAGAGGAGUUAUUAAGUGAAGCUAUUCACGAUGAUGAGAACAGCUUAGUACAACCUAUAACGCCUGUGCGUCUAGUUCUUGUAGAAGAUGAUCAUUUGUUUAUCCCUAGGUGAUAUAAGUUUGGUUCCCUUCGGGACAAAAAGGGACCGUAGCGCGCCUGGAAAACUUGAAAUUUUAUGUCAUAUUUGAAAAACAAUAAAAAAUCCGGAAAAAGAUCAGAAUAAGGCCGACCUUUUUAUUUAAUAAAUAAUUAGCCCGGGGCUUUUUUAACCUUUACUUCACUCGGGGUUUAACAUUUAUAUGUUCUUACAAAAAAACACAAAUUUCUGCUGACGUCAAUAUUUUUUUAUGAUUUCAAUGUUUUAUUCUGGUUUUAAAAUCUGGGAAAGUCAUCGAUAUUUUUUGUUCAAUUUUGACUAGUCAGUAAAAAGUCGGGGAUUUCUGAUUCUUUAAAUUGAUAUUUUCUCUUUCUUUUGAAUUAUAUUGACUAAAAACUUCAUCCAAUUUUUUAAAUUAGAGCAGUCUGUUGUUCGUUCAUUAUCAAAAAUCUUCCGUACGGGAUCCACACAAAAUUCAGGGAAUUUUAUUUGGAUCUUGCGGAUCUUGUGAAUUGUUCGAAAAUAGCCUCCACAGUUUUGUCUUUUUUGAAGAUCUAGGUUGGGUUAAAUUCACUCAUCAAAGCUUCUGGAAUUUGGAAUCGUUGGAUAAGAAUCCAUCCAGAAAUUACGUACGCACUGGGGAAGGAAGGGGUCAAACUAAAACCGUACAGAUGCGUACGUACACAGUUUGAUUAUCUGUAAUUUCAUGUUUUUACAUUUUGAUAUUUCAAAAUUGUCUACAUUGAGUCUGUUAAAACAAGUCUUUAAUCGAAAUAGAGGGCAUUUAUUUACGUACUGUUAAGAUGGAAUGAGAUGUUUUGCAAGUGUGCAACCUUCUAUAAUAUGAAGUUCUUCCUUAAAAAUGAAAAAUUUUUACUUUUAACAUCUGAAUUAAAUGAAAAAGUUGGAAGGGGUGUAAUUUUAGCGAACAUAUGCGUACGUAAGGAAAUGAGUAAGGAGGUGAUGAGCAAUUUGGUGCGUACGUAUUUUAUGGAUGGCCCUAAAAGUUUUAAUUAUUUUACCUAUUCAAGAACUGUUUUCAAGCGAAAAUUGUUUUCUUUUUUUGAGUAAUUGAAAAUUAUUGGUAGAAGUAUAGCAGGAUCUAACAAAACUCUUUCUCAUCCGAAACGGAUCUUCCCAAUGACUUGGCUUAUUAAUUUUUACAUCGUAUUGUGAUUAUCAAUUCUAUGACAACUGAAUUUUUGUUUUUUGUGUUCGUAACUGAUUAAGUGACGAAGCAUUAUGAUUUGACUUAAUCUUCUUCCGUGUUUAAAUGUAUUAUUUUGAAUUAAGAUUUAGAAAUUAUUUCUAUACACUUUAAA